AUGCGGUGGUCUUCACUGAUCGUCCUGAUCCUGUCCCUGUUCUUUUUUGCAGGGACAUUGGCCGCGCCGGUGCCAGGCCUAGGACGACGCGAUGUUGAAGCCACCAGCCUCAAAGUCAGACAAGAAGAGGACCCUAAACCGGGUCCUACUACGACAGAGGUCCCACCGAGCGAGGCAUCAACGACAGCAACCCAGAAGGAAAAACCGAAAUCAGUAACGGAUGCUUCAGUAACGGAUGCUUCGGCAACGGCUGAGGCUACAAGCACAGGGACUACGGUCUUGAGCACUGCUUCAACUAGAGCUACGACGACUACAACUACGAAUGCUCCGACAACUGCCACUACUACUACUACUAAUACUGCUGCUUCUGCCACUGAAACUGUGCCCUCGCUCGAUGGAACAACUGCAUCGUCUCAGCAGGAAGCAGCGGACGCGACAAGGCCAACCUAUUCCGGGGGUCUGCCGAUUGAACCGAAGAUCACUCCAGCAUGGGGUGUAGGAGGAUUCUUGCUCAUAGUCCUAGGAGCCGUUCUUGCCUUCAUCGGAGUCCGCAAGCAAUGGGUCCAAAUCUUCCUCGCAACAGGAUUCCUUAGUGCGUUGGGAGUUACCGUCCUGAUUAUCUAUGUGAUGAGUCCCCCGGUCAGCAACGCAGUGCAGGGUGGCUAUUUGGUCGCCGUGUUCUUCACAGGCGCCGUCUUUGGUGGUCUGUCCCUCGUAUUCAGAGAGAUCUGCGAGGGACUGGGCUGUCUUCUGGGCGGAUUCUGCCUGAGUAUGUGGUUCCUCGCUUUGAAAUCAGGUGGUCUUUUGACCGAAGGCGGCCCCAAAGCCGGCAUGAUCAUUGCUUUCACUGUGGGAUUCUACUCCCUGUCAUUUAGCCACUAUACACGGCCGUACGGAUUGAUUGGAUGUACAUCUUUCUCCGGGGCAACUGCCCUGGUCCUUGGAAUUGAUUGCUAUAGCAGAGCUGGACUAAAGGAGUUCUGGCUCUAUAUCUGGGGCUUGAACAACAACGUUUUCCCGCUCAGAACGAACACCUACCCCGUAACACGUGGUAUCCGUGUUGAGCUCGCCGUAACAAUCAUUGUUGGCGUGCUAGGCGUGAUCUCUCAAAUCAAACUCUGGAAUGUCAUCAAGACACGCAGAGCGACGGAGGAGAACUCUCGCCGGGAACACGAUAGGAAGAUCGAAGAAGAAGACGCAGAAGCUGGUCGGCGUCUCGAAGAGAAGAAUAUACAAGAGCGUGCCGAAUGGGAGCUUAUCUACGGUAACGGUAAGGCUGCUUCAGUCUCAGAGACUGUUGUUGGAGACUCUCGACAAGGUUCGGAUGGCUUUGAGUCCUCCGACAACGAAAAGGAUGCUGCCGAGAUCAAGGAAAUACAGAUCUCUGAUACAUCUGGCAGUGUCUCUGACGGCGAGAAGAACGGUCAGGGUGAGAAUGAUGCCCGGGAACUCGAGACUGUGCCGGAGGAAUCAUCCCAAAAGGAAGGAGAAGCAAACCACGACCAGGAGCCGCGGGAAGAUGGCCAAUCCGACGAAAAGACCCCAAGACCUACAACACCUGUUGUUACUCAUGUUCUUGGCGAGGGAAAUGACGACUCCUCGGAGAUCGGUGCUGAUAUCGGCUCGGAGGUCGGUACGCCGCGCUCCAAACGCUUGUCUGGCACAGAAACCUUGAACCGGUCAUCCUGGAGGAGCAGCAAUGGCAUGAUGGUUUCUUCGGAGUCCCGAGCGGCUCUGGUGGCUCAUGGCGAUGCUAAUUCGUCUGUAUUGGGUGUUGCGGACGAUCUUCAUGUUAUGAGCGUCGGUUGCCCGAGUGUUGCCUCGGAUGCAGAUGCUCGCGAUCAAGUCAAGGAAAUUCAGAAAGAAACCAAUACCGCAGAGCCAACCCCCGCAAAGGACUUGACUGAUGUGGAGACCAAGCCGAAUUCUGUUCCCCAGAUUGUUCAAGACUCUGCACCCAUCCCCGAUCCAACCCCAGCCAAACCUGCUGUCGAACAAGAUGUCAAAAAAGGGGCGAUGGAAGAGAAGCCUGUCACUCAAACCAUUCGCAAGGUGUCUUCUGUUCAAAGCGCUAUCCUUGCUCUGGAGCAAAAUGAAAACUCCAAAACACCGGAGCGACUCAAGCCUUCGGUCAAACCGGCAACAAUUCGUCAAACUCAGGUUGCUGAUACUCCCAAAACGACAGUGGAAGUGAAGAAGAAAUCAACACUAGAACCUUCGCCUAUGGGUGAUGCAAAGUCCGAAAAGAUGAAGGAUGGUAAUGCCAUCCCUACUGCUAAAUCGGUCAAAGCCGAGUCCAUCGCCCAGCCCAAGGUUGAGGCUAUCCCAGAACCCAGAAUUGAGCCCAAGGCUGAGCCCAAGGACAACCCGAAGGUCGAACCCAAGCUUGAACUGAAGACCGAGCCAAAGGCUGAGCCCAAGGUCAAGGUGAUCAAGAAACUGGAUGCCUCAUCUGUCAAGUUCAUCCCAGAACAAACAUCACGAGUGGUUCAUUCAUACCGCACGAACGAAUGGGCCAAGCACCUCGCAGAUGCAGACACUCCCGAGAUGGAGCCUAUUGAGUUUGAACCUGAACCUGAACCCGAACUUUCAGACGAAGUUCACGAGGUUGCGGCAGUUGUGGAUGUCGACGGUCUCCUACAAACCCCCUGA